UGUAAGAGAGUACUUUUGACGUAGACGAGCCGGAGUUUGACAACGGAGGGUAAACUUUCAGGAGAAAAGUACACAAGGUUGGCGAUGUAUCCACUGGGGGGUGAAAUCCAAACAACCAAGAAGUGAUCUGCACUGCAGUGGUCAUGUAGCAGCUUUCUCAGAGCCUGACACAGUUGUUCUAGAGUCGGUGUUGGAUAAAUGCCAUGGUCUCCAGUUUCUCCAGAUUCUCUGAAGCGCUGUAGAAAUCCUAGAAUCCUGACUCCUGAUGUGUACCUUCUGUUGCGUUUGUGUAAGACGGAGCAAUGCAGUUGUGAGAGAGAAGCAGGAAAGAGAUUGAACGGGGGAAAGGAAAAAGAGAGAGCAGCUAAAAGGAUCUUGCUGAGAUGGCUGAUUGUUCUCUUGGGAGACGGUUGGGAGGGAGAUGGGAAGGGAAUUCAGGCAGAUGGAAUAGGGUAGAUGUUUUUAGAGAUGUAGUCCCUUAGGAGAGUGGCUGCAUUGUUUUCUUUAUGAAGUCUUUGCCUAUAACCAGGAUCAAUUAUAAGCAUACAUCAAAUCAUACAAAAUUCACUUUAACUAAAUGGACAGGAAAUUUUCUGAUAUUCAUCAACAUCCAAACUCAAUACCCUCUUAAAUAUUUUAACUUUAUAUCUCAAUAUAGCUAGUUCUAGAGCUUUGUUCUUCUGUUGCUGUACAUUUGUGUUAUUUGUUUUUAUGCGAUUUAAAGUAGUGUUGGUUACUUUUUGAACAUGUGAAUUUUAAUUAAGGACAUUAUUUUGUGUUAGUUAUCAAAAUGCAGAGACAGUUGAAAUACAGAAGUCAAAGAUAAAAAAUAAACAGAAAAUCCAUAGAUAAGAAAAAUUCCAAAUGAUAACGAACUGACAAUGGAUGGGCAAGAUGCUUCGGAUGUUUCCAGCCUCUCGCCCAGUGUUAGCUGGGAUCCCAGCUGAAUAAGUGGUUAAGCGGAUGGAUAUAUCGUUUUAUUUCAGUCAUAUUUUUACCGUCUUAAAAGCAAUGCAGCCUUUUUUAUAAUCUUAAUAUCACUGUUUUUUUAUUGUCUGAGGUCAAACGCUGGCAGAGUUCAUUUGAGGAGUAGAUUCCAAAAUGUAAUGAUUACUGGCUCCAAUUACUGUCUUGCUGAAUGUCCUUUAUGCAGAAACGCAGGUGCUCUGUGGUGUCAAUGUGUACGUGUGUCUGGGAGCAGGGUGGUUCAGGCAGAUGUGUUUUAGCUAAUACAGUCUGAGAGCAGCUGGGCAGGGCUAAUAGACCAAUGACAUCAUCCAAAGAGAGAGAGAGAGAAGAGAGAGAGCAAGACUGGGAGCACAGCUUGCCUAAGGCAGGGAGAGGGAGCGGGGCAGCUCAGUGAGGAGAGCAGCAUGAGAGCGGGACAGUGUGUGUGUGUGAACGGGAGAGGACCAGACAGCAUUCAGUUGACUUUGACAAGGAUAUAAGACCAACAAGAUUUUCCUGCUAGUUUUCUCCUCCUCCUUCUUUGCACCUUUCCCCUCCCCUUCCCUCCUUUCCCCUUUUUCUUCCAUCCUGUGGCAGUUAUCCCCACUCACAGGUCCUGCUUCAGGCGGCUCCUCCGGGCAUGCUCCUUAAGCCAAAGUAUGACCGCUUUCGCAAUGAGUCUGUGACCUCCUCCGACGACCUAAUGCAGAGCUUAGCCAUGAGCGGCAAAGUUGUGGCCACACCAGUGGUUCCCUCCUCCACGCCAAGCCUUCCUCUGCCUCCUUUGCCUCCCCUGGAUCCCAGUGCCAGGUCCUCCUCCUCUGCUGGGGCUAUGGCCUUGGCCGACUCUCCUUGCCUGGAUGGGGAACAAGAUGCCACGACAACCUUCUGCAUGCUCAUUCCUAAGAUGCCUCAGUGGAAAUUCUCCAACUCCCUGCUUAGCCGGAGUCCAUCCAACUCCAGUUCCAGCUCCAAUUCUAGCAAGGACUCGGGCAAGACAGCGGCAGCUACUUCCCAGGCCUCUGUCACGUCUUCUUCAUCAUCACACAGGCCCAGUGGUGGAACCUCAGCCAGUGGCCCAGUGGCAAGCCUUGCAGCAGUGCUUAACUCCUGUGACCCGGUGUGUGUCACUCCUUGUUCCCUACAGGCCAUUCGGGGGCAGCGAGCAGUAGCAGCGGCAAAUUCUGCCAGUCCAGGGGGGCACGUAUUUGGAGCCGCGGAGGUCAUGGCGAGCCCCGGUGGCUCCAUCAACUUCAGAUCAGGAAUGACGCGCAGCACAAGGGUCGAAGGCAUGUGGCUUGGGGGAGAGGACUUCAACCAGAAGGGCAGCUUCAUCCACAAACCCUCUCAAGGCUGGCUGCACCCUGACAAGAAGAUAGUAGGACAAGGAGCGUCCUACAUUGUCAGGUACAUGGGAUGCAUUGAGGUGCUGAAAUCAAUGCGAUCCCUGGACUUCACCACACGCACUCAAGUGACAAGGGAAGCCAUCAACAGACUGUGUGAAGCUGUGCCAGGUGGAAAGGGGGCUUGGAGGAAGAAGGUUCCAAACAAAGCUCUGCAGUCAGUCAUGGGGAAGAGUAACCUACGAUUUGCAGGCAUGAGCAUCGCAGUCAAUAUUUCCAUCGAUGGUAUUAAUCUGCUCAUUCCUACCACACGACAGGUGAUAGCUCUUCAUCCCUUGCAGUCCAUCUCAUUUGCCUCUGGGGGAGACACAGACACACCUGAUUAUGUUGCAUAUGUGUCCAAAGAUCCAGUGAAUCAGAGAGCAUGUCAUAUCCUGGAGUGUUCAGAUGGUUUAGCCCAAAGUGUCAUCAGUACCCUCGGCCAAGCCUUCGAGCUGCAGUUCAAACAGUAUCUGCACAGUCCACCAAAAACCAUGACAUCUGUGGAGAGGUCUGCCAGGACAGAAGAACCUAUUUGGAGAGAUGAUGAAGACUUCUCUGAGCCGGAUUACUAUAACCGUAUUCCAGGGAAGGAGCCUCCUGUUGGAGGUGUAGUAGACUCCAGACUCAGGCCCAGUGGAACCCUCCUUGGUCACAUGCACACUCAACCACAGAGCAAGACAGCAGCUCAGCAGAUGAGCUCACCAGCCAGGAGAGAUCAAGCAUCUCACCAGCCUGGUCAGCUGUGUUAUGAGCUUCACUGGGACACCGAGACAACCUGCAGCUCAGGUCUGACAUCAGAUGGUUAUUUGUGUGCUGACGGUCAGCCUCCAGGCAGCAGAGACUAUGAGGAGCAUCAAUAUGUUAACACCCAGAGUCUGGAAAACCUGGAUUCACUCACUCAGGGUCCUGAUGGGCACAGAGGCACCAGGGCACCAGAGAGUCCCAAAAAGGAUCUCUUUGACAUGAGGCCCUUUGAGGAUGCCCUGAAACUCCAUGAGGCCUGUGGUGUUGGGUCCACUAUAUCUGGAGGCUCUGGUGCUGAGGGAGGAGUGGGAGGUGGUCGGGUGUUGGAGGAUCAGUGGCCCAGCCCUCCACGACGCAGAGCCCCUGUUGCUCCAAAUGAGGAGCAGCUUCGCCGUGAGCCCUGGUACCACAGCCGGAUGAGCCGACGAGACGCAGAAAAACUCCUGAGCCGGGACGGAGAUUUUCUGGUAAGGGAGAGCACUACCAAUCCUGGCCAGUAUGUGCUAAGCGGCCUACACCGUGGCCUCCCUAAACACUUACUGCUAGUGGACCCUGAAGGAGUGGUCCGGACCAAAGACAUGUUAUUUGAGAGUAUAACCCACCUCGUCUCGUUUCACCUGAAGAAUGAGCUGCCUAUUGUAGCAGCAGAAAGUGAGCUUCAUCUCAAACGUGGUGUCAGGAGGAAGCAGUGAAUUACCUGGACCUGUGUGGGACUCGCUAAAUUCCUAUGUGCCCAUACAAAUCACAUAAAAACUGAAUCUAGGACUCAUUAUGGGAUGAUUUUUCAACGGGAAGAAAGAAUAUCAGCAAUACUUUCUUUCCAUGGACAAUCCUUCUAAGGAGUGUGCAGUAUCUGAUAUAUCCCUGUACUUCUGCUUGUUGACUACCAGGAUAAACCAAAUAUCCCUCAUCUGUCAUAAACUCCUCAGCAUGCAGUUAUUAAGCUAACAAACCAACCAGGAUCCACAGUCUGUGCUGUGCCCGAGCUGGAUAAUCACCAACCGAGGUCAAAACUUAAACUGACAACCUGUCUGGAGAGGAGCUAACCUCAGGAAAUCACAAAAGGAUUUAAUGCAGAGUGAAGAAAAGCCUGUAAUUGUGAAGUGCUUCCUUUAAACCACAACUUGCAUGACUAGUAAGUCACAGGUUAUUCAAAUCAACCAGUUGUGGGAAUCACCAGAACAAACUGUCACUAAUUUUCUGGUGCACCAAAAAAUUCAAAACAAGAUGUCCAGUUCCACAUUCAUUAGUUCAUCUCGGUACAAAUGCAGGAAAUGAAAAUUCUGCAACUGUUUAAAAUGUAAAGACUGUUAAAUGUUCAUGUUCAAGGUCUGCAGUAUCUGAAUUUAUAACAGCCACAAAGCCUUUAUUGUUUCUCUGAGCUAUUUUAAGCCUCACAUCCAUCAAAAAAAAAAGCAUAAUCAUGAUACACUGAUUAGCCCCAACAUUAAAACCACUGACAGGUGAAGCGCACAUCACUGAUUUACCUGGGAAACAUUGGGUCCUGGCAUUCAAGUGGAAGCUAUCUCGAGACAUCAACCACAUAAACAAGUUCCAAGUAACAGCAACCUCAAGUGUGCUCCUCGGGAACAGUUGCAGAACAUGACAUACAGUGCAAGCUGUUGAAACAGCCCACCUCCCUGCAGAUUCUGUUUUCGACACCCACAAGAUGGGCCAGAACAAGCCAAUCCACUGCACCAACUCCAUGCAAAGAGCCAGACAACACGGCGCACCCCAAAACAUCACCUGUCGCUGCACCGAUCGGUCAGAGCCGUUUUGGUGGAACAAGCGGGAUCUACACAAUGGAUGGUUUUAAUGUGGCUCAUUAGUGUAUUUAUCAGUGCAGUGGAGAUAGAUACAUUGUCCUGACUGAGAAGUUUCAUCACAUUUGCUAUUAAAUCUGCUAUUUGUGUUGUUUGUAAGGGCUGUUCAUUAUUUUAGGAAGUCAUGUGUGGUAAAAGCCUGAGUUAAAAACUCCUCCGCAUUAAUGCUCAGUAUAGCCAUGCCCGUUCUCCCCAGCCUCUCCCACUUCAGUGCCUUAAUAACUACACUGACAGGCGUUUGUGUCAGCGUGUAUAUAAUGUGCAUUUAUGCUCUUGUUGCAAAAGAACAGUUUUCUUGCCACGCCAAUGAGUAAAUGAACAAACUUCAGGAUGAUUCAAAGUUGUGUACAUGUAAACAGUAAUGGAAGCUGCUCUUGUUUUGGGGUGAAUGAGUAAUACUGUCUAUGAUGGUCUUAAAUGUUAUCGUCUUAUAUGUGUGUCCCUCAGAGUUUUUAGUCAGGUCAGUCAUAGACAUCUUAAAGAAGGAGCUUAAUUUUUCCCAGCUCAGGGAAGUGCAUCACUUUAUUGUCCUUAUUCCCUGUCUGUACAUUUUACUAACUUGCUUGUGUGUUUUUGCUCCACAACGUUUCAUUCCCAGUUUUGACAGUGUAAUACUUUAAAAUUAUUUUGUCUGCUUUCUGCCCUUUUUCCCCUCUCUGUUCUUGGCUACUUAAGUUUAAUCGGGCCCUCCUUUGUUCUUAGCCUCAUAAAUGCACAUAAAGAUGAGGUAAACUUCAACAGUUUUUUGUGAGAUCCAGAUCACUGUCAUUUUUUUGUAUCUCCCCUCAGGAAUUUCCUGGACCUUUUCUUCUAUGAUUAACUGA